AAAUGAUGUUGUUAAUAUACCAUCUAAUGAAGCUAUCAUUUAUGCCAAAUACUGCGUGGUUUAAAAAAACAAAAGCUCACAAUCUUUACUGAACGAAUUUUUGUCCGAAUCGUCCAAGAAAUAUUUGUUCAUAAUUGUCUUGGCGAAAUCUCAGCGUGAUUUAUGAUGUUGGACCUGUAGUUGUCAAAUAGCUCGAAGUGGAUAACCUGCCGGUAUGUGAAAUAGUUACAAAAAUGUAUUGUUGAUUUUUAUAAAAACACGGUGAAUUGAAGCAAUGUUGAUAAUAACGCAUUUCAAAAAAGGAUUGGAAAAAUGGUUGCAGAUGUCAACAAUACACCGCCGAGCUAUUGCCGCUGCAGUGGACCGGUGCUGGAAAUGUAGCAGUUCCGAAGUCUCCAAUAUGUUUUUCUGUGGCUCCUGUGGGACAAUACGCGCAACAUCGAAGGAACAAGAUUUCUUCAAAUUGUUAAAAGUGAACAAGGAAUUUAAGAUAGAUUCCACGACACUUGUGCAGAAUUAUCGUCAUAUUCAAAGUAUGAUACAUCCGGACAAGUUUGCUCAGAAAUCAGAACAAGAAAAAGCGAUCGCGUUGGAAUGGAGCUCUUUAGUUAACAAAGCUUAUAGGACUCUUUCAAAAUCGAUUGAAAGAGGCAAGUAUUUACUUGCGCUAAGCGGUGUAACCAUAUCGGAAGAAAAUACUUCCAUUGAUAAAGAAUUUCUCUUUAACAUGAUGGAUGUAAAUGAAUCUGUGGAAGACGCACAAACUACGGAAGAGCUGCAGAAAAUAGCAUCAAAAUUAUCAGUAGAAGUCGAUGAGCUUCAUUCAAAUCUUGUACGACGAUUCGAGUCCAAUGACAUGGAAGGCGCCAAAGAGACGAUAAUUCGUCUGAAAUAUAUGCUAAAUGUAGAGGGUAUCAUUAAAGAAAAGCUGUUACAGCUGAAUUUGAAAUCAUAAUAAGCAUUGCUUUCGUAAGCAUGUUAGAAUAAAGGGUGUAUAUAGUAGUGUGAAAUGAAAUAAAACUUCAUAUUAAUAGAGGAUAA